AUGGAGGUAUACAGAGUUAUGGGCGGUAUCCUCAGCUUGAAGAACAUCCAAACAUUCAUCGUCAUCCAUCUCAUUGCAAAGAUUGGUUUCCAGGCAAACGACGCCGUCACCAAUCUCAAGCUUCUCGAGAAGGGCUUCAGCCAGGAAGAUCUUGCUCUUACCGUUCUGAUCGAUUUCCCCUUCGAGAUCUCGCUGGGUUACUAUGCUGGCAAGUGGAGUGAGCAGUAUGCUCCCAUGCGACUUUGGUGUUGGGCUUUCGUAGGCAGACUUGUCGCUGCUGCCUUUGCUCAAUUUACUGUCAUGAUGUUCCCCAGCGGCGGAACUAACCUCCCAUACCUCUGUGUCGUCAUUGUCGAGCACGUCUUCAGUACCUUCAUGAGCACCGUCAUGUUCGUCGCCGUCAGCGCUUUCCACGCAAAGAUUGCUGACCCUCAUAUCGGCGGUACCUACAUGACUCUUCUCGCCACGUAA